AAGCUGCCCCUCCCCCGCCGCCUGGGCGGAGCUCCAGCGAAAUCCGGUUGGCUCCGGGCGGCGGCAGCAGCGGCUGUGGGGCCGGGGUCGCGGCCAAGGCCAGACCGCAGCAAAUUCUGAGGCCGAACCCUGGGCUCUAAGGAUUUCAGGCCUCCCUCCUAAGGAGAUUCCUUCCAAAAUGGCAUCAACUGGAGACCCCACUGCAGGCCCACGGGAUGCAGCAGACCAGAACUUUGACUACAUGUUCAAACUACUCCUCAUUGGCAACAGUAGUGUGGGCAAGACGUCCUUUCUGUUCCGCUAUGCUGAUGACUCCUUCACACCCGCCUUCGUCAGCACUGUGGGCAUUGACUUCAAGGUCAAGACUGUCUACCGACAUGACAAAAGGAUCAAGCUGCAGAUCUGGGUGGGCCAGGACACAGCGGGCCAGGAGCGCUACCGUACAAUCACCACAGCCUACUACCGAGGAGCCAUGGGCUUCCUGCUUAUGUAUGAUGUUGCCAGUCAGGAGUCCUUCACGGCUGUGCAAGACUGGGCCACGCAGAUCAAGACCUACUCCUGGGACAAUGCCCAGGUCAUCCUCGUGGGGAACAAGUGUGACCUAGAAGACGAGCGUGUUGUGCCCGCUGAGGAUGGCCGGAGGCUCGCCAACGACCUUGGUUUUGAGUUCUUUGAGGCCAGUGCCAAGGAGAACAUCAAUGUGAAGCAGGUGUUUGAGCGCCUGGUGGAUGUCAUCUGUGAGAAGAUGAAUGAGUCCCUGGAACCCAGCUCCAGUCCAGGCAGCAAUGGGAAAGGCCCAGCCCUAGGGGACACUCCUCCCCCACAGCCCAGCAGCUGUAGCUGCUAGAAAUGGCCCCCACAGCCCCGCCAACCUACUCCUGCCUCACAGGGACUAUGAUACAGGCUUGAGCCACAAAGACUAUCUUCAAGCUCAGGGUCACCCCCACUUCCCUCCUGUCAGCUGUCCCCAAGUCCUGCAUGGCUAACUCAUGGCUUGCCUGCUUGGGUAGUAUCCCAGACCAGUGUCCACAGACCCUGGAGACCCAACUGUGCAUUGCAGGCAAAGGCCUAAGAACAGUGACAUGUACCAGUUUGCUGCUUUUCAAGGUGUAUUUAGUAGUAUAGCCAUGGGUGGCAUGUCCUAUCCUGCCUUGGUGGAAGAGCAUCCUCAGCACCUUCUAAGUUAGAACUGUUUUCCAGGUCUAGCACCCGUAGCACAAUGGUUACGGCACCAGCAACAUACACUGAAGUAGCAGGUUCGAACCCGGCCCAGGCCAGCUAAACAACUGCAACAACAACAAAAAAAAUGUAGCCGGGCGGGCGUUGUGGAGGGUGCCUGUAGUCCCAGCUGCUUGGGAGGGUGAGGCAAGAGAAUUGCUUAAGCCCAAGAGUUGGAGGUUGCUGUGACCUGUAACACCACAGCACUCUACUGAGGGCAACAUAGUAAGACUCUGUCUCAAAAAAAAAAAAGGAACCAUUUUCCAGAUUUCAGUCUGGUUCCUGAGCCUGCCCCCAUGAACAUUCUAGAAUUCAAGGCAGCAUGGCAUAACCCUCCCUCCCCCCACCCCACCGCUGACCCUCUCCUUCUGAAAGUAGUAUUAAAACCCCUUUUCCCAUUGUAGAAGGGCACAGGGAGUCAGAACCUCAUAUCCUGGCUUCAGGGACUCCAGAAGUGCCUUCUAAGUGUCCCAGACUCCACAUUACGCACGCCCCUGCCUCUGUUUUGCUAUAUCUACUACAUUUCUGAUCCUGAAUCGAAUUCUGGAACUGUGAGCCAUUCAAGCCUGGGCAGAGAGUUGCCCGACUCCUAGCAUUCAUGCUAAGGCCUUUCUGCCAGGAGUUAACCUCAGAGCUGGGAGACUGGGCCCUCCCUCCCAGCGUCCUCUCUCCCAGGCCCUGUUUGGCUGGUUGUGUUUUAAGCAAGUUCUUUCUAAAUCAUACAUCCUGCUAGAAAGGGAAAUUGAGUAACGUUCCCACCCACAGCCUGCACUGAGGAAAGCAUGGGGCUUUUCUGACUUGAGGACCCUUGAAGACCCGCUAUCCAUUUCCCAAACCAUGUUAUGUCAUUGUCAGGGCCCUGUGAUGUGUGACCUUUUUUAGUAGUUGAAGAGUCACUUUUAAGGAGUGCUUGGCGUUGGGCAAGGAGGUAGAGUUGCCUAACUGGCGUCUGCCUUAUAUUUCAUGCACAUGGCUGGGGAGUGGCAGGUCCUCAUGUUGAUGGAAGGGUGGGCUGUGAUCGGUGUCUGGGACAUGAUGAAGCUAGGUCCCCUGUUGCCCAGGGCUUCUCAUCAGAGGUUAUUUGCCUUGAUCCCCCAGCUCAGCAGCCCUCCUGCCCAUCACAGGCCAAACUCUGGUGUAGCAUUUCUCUCUUCCCUGAAUGCCCCCUGAGAUACCCUACUAUGACUAACACUGUGAUGGUGGCUGAGCUGAUGGUUUGUGCCCCUAUUUCCCUUUCUGUGGAUCAGGGGUUGCUUCCACUCGCCCAGCCUCUGCAGCUGAAAUGACUUCCUUCAGCCUUAAUGACCUCAGCUGCCUCCUGGAGAUGUGUGUGAAGGGGAAGGCCAAAUUCAAGUUCAAACUUAUUUCUAGGGAGGCUCAUUUACUCCAUAUCAGAGGCUGCUCUUAGUAUUUCAAAGUGAGCAUAUCUUUGUAUACAAACAAAUUCAGUGACCAAGGUGGAGUGGAGAAAUAAACACAGCAAGGGUAUCUGAGUCCAAUUGUUUUAGUUGGUUUAACACUAAAGUAAAAUUAUAUAUAAAAAAAAAGACAUCUUAAGGUACCAUAUGGCCUGUCAAGGUUUUGUUGGCCACUCCAUUGUCCCUAACUUGCUGCCAAAAAUAUAGUGGUGGAUCAGAUUGCUGUGAAUAGGGCUGAGCAGAUUUAUAAUGCCUUUGUGGUUUAAAAAAAAAAAACAAACAGCUUUGGCUGCAUCCUGUGCCUGACUUGGCCUGUGUUUUGUGAUUACAUAAGGUCUUUGAACAGUUCAUCUGCAAGUAGCAACCAGGAGAGCUGCCUUGUGGUU